CAUAAAGAAUAUUUUCUAACUACUAGGCAAUUAAAUUAAUAACAAAAGUAUAUUUGGAAAAUCACCAAGUAAGAGAAACAAAACAACACAUUUCUAAAUAUCACAAGAGAAAUGAGAAAAUAUUUUGAACGGAAGGAAAAUGAAAAUGGGCUGUUCUCAGGUGGGGCUUCCCUGAGUGGCGUUUGCUUCCCAGGUUGGGGUUGAGAUGUUCUACAUCCCCAGCCACCCCAUCACCCCUAUGGUGCAAAGAGGUGAAAUUCACAAGCUGUACCAAGGUGAGAACUUAAUCCUUGGCUUCAGCAUCAGAGGGGGGAUUGACCAGGAUCCCUCCCAGAACCCCUUCUCAGAAGGUAAGGUAGACAAAGGCACUUAUGUCACAUAGGUAUCUGGGCUGUAGAUUGGAGACAAGAUCAUGCAGGUAAAAGGCUGGGACGUGACCAUGGUGGCACAUGACCAGGCUUGGAAGCGGCUCACCAAUCCCUCAGAAGUGGUGCAUUUGCUGGUGACAAGGCAGUUGCUGCAGAAGGCAGUGCAGCAGUCCAUGUUGUCCUAGCACCUGGCCCUGACUCAUGUCUUCCUGUUUGUACAGUGACAUCACUACCAUGUUCUGCCUAUUUCCUGGCUUUUGUAUACUGGGCCUCAGCUCAGAAGGGGGUCAGCUGAUUCCCAGGCUGAGGCACCCUUCCUUGCCCUCUUACCCCAAGUCUGAGCUCUGGGAGCAGCAAUUUCCCUUGGACACUGAAGAUUAGAAACCAGGGCCUGAAGCUGAGUGGCUGUGCAUCUGUAGCGACUAGAUUCAACCCUCCCUCAGCCCUGCUGCCUGGCCACAGUAGUGCCCAGGCGAACAGGAAACACCUGAGAGUUGCCAACGCUAGGAAAUGCCAGGUGGGGCCACUUUUCUGUUCGCUCUGGCUGCAGGGCUUGGCCCUGCCUAUUACUUCCACAGUGUCUGUGCUGCAUGCUUCCCUAGCACUGCACUGCUCCCCACAAGCCCAUCUGGGGUCUAGACUCACACAGUACCAGCGCUACUAGGAAGGUUGAAGUGGUUGGGGUGGGCAGGCUCCUGUUCACCUCCUCUCCUCCCACGGGUGCUGGCCUCCUGAGGGUUUGUCUGCUUACAGGAUUUAGAUGAGUUCCAGAACUGACAUUUCUGGGCAGCUCUCAGAUUGCCUUUUCUUUCCUCUUCACUUGUGGGUUUCACUUUUGUAUUUUUAAAAUCAUAACUAUGAUACAAAGUGUUUUUAUCUUACUAUUUGGAAAAUGCUAAGUCUACUUUUGAAUUUAGCUUAAUAAUUCACAUCUGGGAGCAACUUUUCUUAGCACACAAACCUUAAUUUGGUUAAUGUGGAAAUGGGGCAGUAUAAUGCUAUCUCACAUGUGACAUCUUGUGCCUAAUGAAUGAUGAAAUGAAAAAAAAAAAUGAAAUAGCAUACCAAAACUUAUGGGACGGUGUUAUCAGGAAAAUUGUAGAACUAAAAUUUUGUAUUCGAAAACAAGCCUGUACACUGGUGGUUCACUCCUAUAACACUAUUCAGAAGGCUAAAAUCACAGGAUAACAGUUUGAAACCAGCCUAGGUAAACAAACACAUGACAUUCU